GGCGACGGUCCUGAACUGAGCCGAGUGACUUGGAGGGCCAGAGAAACGAGGUCGAGACGGUCCUGAACUGAGCCGAGUGACUUGGAGGGUCAGAGAAACGAGGUUGAGACAACAGAGAGGCCCACAACGUAGAGACUUGUACUUGGUUGCUGCUUGCCUGGUGGGAGCUGCAGAUAGCAGGGACAGACCAGCCCAGGCAGACAGGCGGAGGUUUCAGGAGCAGGUCCUGACCUCUCUAUAGGACAUACUGAGAGGAGACUACAAGACUUCUCCUACAGGGUCACCCACCACAACAUGCAAGGGAAAAGUGAACACGAACACCAAGACAACAAUAUGGAAUCAGACAUUGAUCCCAACAAGCAGCCUGAAAGUCCCUCGUCUGAGAACGAGCCCUCCAGUUCAGUCAAAGUCCGCCAGAACCCCAAAUAUCAGCUGUUCCUGGAUGGAGACAUGAUUGGGAACGGAUCCAGGGAUACAAAUGGAAYGUCUGGGAGAGAGAACGGGAACGGGAGAGAACCCAAGAACAGUUCCCGUUGGGACAGCGCUAGCUCCAGAUUCGGCCCAAACCACCGCGGGUCCCUGGAGUCUCUUGCCUCUCGGGACUGGGACACCAUGUCGGACAGGGUGGGAGGUUUUGAGAGUCCUCCCAGGGUGUUCAACAGCCCCUACGCUACAGCGGCUUCCAUGGAGUACACCCCUGGCAUGAACCGGAUGUCAGAGCAAAAGCUAGAAGAGGCUGCACAGAAAGCCUCCCGUGCGACAGCAGAGCUCGGUCUGCAACAGAAGCUACGAGACGACGCCCUGCUGAGGGUAGAGGAGAUGGAGGAGAGUUUACUGGAGAGGAGUCAGGAGCUGCAGAUAGCCCAACAGACCAUCAGCCGCCUACAGGGACAGGUGUCAGAUAAGCUGGUAGAUAAGGAGCGUUCCCUGGAGGAGGAGAUCCAGCUGAGAGAGAGAGUUCAGCUGCAGUGGAAGCAGGCAGAGAGGAGCGUAGAGGACCUGACGAGGGAGCUACAGACUGCUGCACAGAACACGGAGACCUGGUCAAGCAACUCAAACAGGCUCAGGAGAAACUGUUAGAUCUUGAGACCGACCUGGAGGAGAUGCAGGACAGUGAACAGAGAUGGGUCAGCAAGCACAAGAGAUCCAUCGAACAGACGGAACAGCUCCAGCUGAAGUUGAUCCAGCAGAAAGAUGUGAAUGAGCAGCUGGACAGCGAGAAAGGCAUCCUGGAGAGACAG